AGCUCAGAGAACCCCAAGGACUCCACAGUACCUUCUUUUUGACAUAGAUACUAGCUUAAUAGAUAAGGGGAAUGUAAUUGACAUAGUAUGCCUAGAUGUCUACAAAGUCUUCAACAGACCCUCCCCUGAUAAUUCUCUUUAAUAAAAUGGUAAAAUAUGGGCUAGAUAAUAUUAGUAUUAGGUGGAUUUAUAGUUGGCUGAAUGAUCACACCCAAAAAGUGAUGUUAAUGGCUCAACUUUUGCUUAGAGAAAAGCGUUGAAUGCAUUUUAUUAGUGAGUGGAUUGAGGGGAAGAUUAUUAAAUUUGCAGAUGACACAAAGCUGGGAAGGGUAGCUUUAGAGAAGAUAUCUUAACAAACCUACACAGGUUUGAGUUGGGGGCUGAAAUUAAUAGAAUGGAAUCUGCAUCUGGGAAGGAAAAAAGAAAGGAUUAUGUGACACUUGUACUGAAAGAUUUCUACUGGUUACCAAUUGUUUACCAGGCACACUUCAAAGUGCUAUUAUUAAUCUUUAAAACCCCAAAUGCUUGGGAUGUGGCUAUCUGAGGAAAAGCCUCUUUCAUUAUCAAAUCAUCCUGUUAAGAAGAGGAAGCUUACGUAUCUAGGAAGUGGGCCAAGGCCUUCUCCUGGGUCACUUUCAGCUUAUGGAAUGCUUUUGAACAUUUUGUUAGAGGCCCUGAGUAUUUGUUCAGAUAGAAAAAUGGAGUAUUAAUUGAAUACAUGAAAUCAUUCAACAAACUAUUGUUAGUCAAACCAAGGCUUAGCACACUGUGUGAACCUAGUUCAUAGAAUGGUGAAAAUUCCGAGAUGUGAGACAGGACUGUUCUGUUUCAGACUAAACUUCUGAGUACUGCAUGUUCUCUCCUACCCACAAACUCUAUACAAAAACAAGUCUCUGCGAACAGCAACAAAAGAUAUAUCAUGCCACCUAAAUUUCAGAGGAGAGGGGGUUGCAGGCCAAUAACUCUCCCCUCUUUUUUGCUUUUUCACAUGUAGCAUAUUUUUCCUUAUCUCAUUUAACCUAUAGGCUGAAGUGGAACAGUCCUACCAGUUUAAGAUGUUGAUAUCAACUCUGUUGCUAUCAUCAUACCUUUAUGCAGCCUUUGUUGUAUAUCCAAAGCCAAUAAAACUUUUGCUAAAGGAAUUGCAGCCCACAGAAGAUGAUACCACUGUGUUCCCACGGGGUAUCGAUGUGCCCAUGGACAUCUCAUCAGAUACUUGCUGGGGUGUCUGCUUUACUUGGCUUUAUUUCUAAGAAUGCUUCUGAAGCUCCCAUAGAGAUAUAGACAUUAUCUGAAAAUAAACAUGGCAAGUGGCUGUAAUCCAGUGUUUUUCUGGAAAUGUGCACACUUGCCCAGAGCCUACAAAAGCAAGCUGAGGGAGGAGACAGAAUCUUGCAGAAUGAUGGGACGGCCGGGGACAGCCUCAUCAAUAUUAUUUGAUGGCUGUAUUCACAUGAUACAAGCAUAAACCAGUCAACCACAUUAGCGUGGUAUUUGUACUUUGUUUUAGUUGGUCUUUGCUUUAGAAUAAUACAUUGUAGUAAAGGUAGUUUGAAAAGCUCUGGUACACCUGUUCCCUUUUUAUUAUGUAAAAAAAUAAUUUGCUUGCUAUUUUAAAAGGGUAAUAUAAGUUUCACAAGAUUAACCUGGUCAAAGUCAGUAUCCAAUGAAUGAGUGGGUCAGUGCUUAUUGUGACACAAGGCAGCCAGUGGGUCUAGGCAACAAGAAGUCAAUCAGACUUGGGAGGACCUGGAGAAAUGCAGGGGGAGGAAGGAGGCUAAGGGUUAUGGAGCAGGAGGGAGGAAUCCAAGAGGUUAUAGACCAAGAGACAAAUGCUGAGGUGAAGAGUAGGGAGCUGAAUGAAACAGUUCAGGAGCAGGUCGCAGAGCUGGAGGCAGGCAAUCAGGAGAAUACUCUAGAGCAAGAAGAAGGAACACAGGAAGAUAGCACGGAGCUAAAUGGAGACAUCCCAGAGGAGAAUGGAAGGGAUUGUGAGUUUGUGGCUGGAGCUCGGCCAAAGAUCAAAGAGCAAGUUCAAGGAGGACAGGAAGACUUUACCGAACAAUCUGCAGAAGCCCCAACAAGGAAUGCAGAAUCAGCUGGAGCAGGCCAAGGUUUGUUCAGAGGGUUUUCAGUAGGAACUCACAAAAAGAUCCUGAGGCAGGCUGGGAGAUCCUGGGAAGAAGUCACAGAGAAAGUGGGAACAGCAGAACAAGAUGGCCAAGAGGCAGGCCUAAAGCUUGUCAGAGAUCUGUUGGCAGUUGUCACCAGAUCUGACCUUCCACAUGAAGAAAAGUUGGAGUUGGAAUUUGUGACCCUUCAGUUUAUGAUGGGAGGCAACGUGCAUUUGCUUGGGGAGUUGCAAAGCCAGGCGGUGGUGGAGAACUUCCGACAGGAAGUGUUUGCAAAAUUCCCUAUACCAGCUUUCCAUGUGACCAGCUCAGUGAUCUGCUGUGAUCAAGUUGCCACCCAGUGGCCUGAGAGAUCUCAGCUCUUGAAUGAGAAUGGCUGUUCCCGGCAACAAGAAAGAAUCUACUCCCAGCUCAUCUUCUUCCUGUGCAGAGCCCCUUUCCUUAAGUCUUGGGACCAACUGGAUCGACUGGCCGAAAUGCUACACAAGCUGAAGAAUUGCAUCUAUUAUAACCCAGUGGCCUUGGUUGGAGUCAUUGUGCAGGUGGAUCCAGAUCCAGGAUUGGAUGCAGAACAGGAGGCCCGGGCACGGCGCUGGCUGAGGUGCUUGCUAGAUGGGUUCUUUUGCUGUGAUUUGUUGUUAGACCAUGAUGGGACAGAGCCAGAAGUUCAAGUCCAGGUAGCUGUCUAUCAGUCGGGCCAACCUGAAAGAGCUUUAGAAGUCAAGAGAGCAGCUUGUCAGGCAAUUCGAGCAGCCCUGAAGUUCUGAAUGGGCACUACUGAUGACCACUCUGAUCACAUGAGAUCUCCAGUAAUGUGCAAGAUCUCACCAUCCCUGGAACAUCAUUUAAAAUUCAGAUUAUUCCCUCCAAAUUUUCUCAGUGUGUGCUUUAAUUUUGGAAUUGUUUACACAAGCAUGAAAAGGUCUUAACAGGUGGCAGCACCAGGCUGUUCUCAGCUGGCAUUGCAAAGCAGGGUCAGGCUGUUGGGAUUCCAAGGCUGGAGGCUAGUUUGGGAAGCGUGUGUAUGUGUGUGUCUGUCUGUCUGUCUGUCCGUCCAUCCAUCCAUCCAUCCAGGAAGAAAACAGUAGCAAACUAUUUCUGUGUUGCUGCCAGGAAAACUUCAUGGAACUUCACUUGGCAUCAAGUUUGACUUGAAAAAGCCUUUACUUCUAGUACGAAAAAGCCUAGCUCUUGUCACCCCAGUCAUGGAGGAAAUUUAAGGUCUAGGCAGUAGACCUAUUUGAUAAAUUACUGUCAGUUAAGAUUUAAAUACAAAACCGAGGCAGAAGAAGAAAUAUGGAAAAAGCAGCUACAUACCCAUUCUCAUCUCAGAUUAAGACUGUGGAGUUAGGAAGAAGGCCCUGGUUCUAGUUUCCUGAGGAGAAUGGCUUCCCUUGCAUCUCUCCAGACGCUAUUUGUGUGUAGUCAAAAUGUUUCAUAUUGAUGCUGGAUGGCUCAGUACAUCCUAUUGUAUUGGUAAGGUGCUCUCUUUUACCCAAGUUGGCAUAACUAAACAACCAGGUUUCAAUAUGCCAUUCUCUAACCUGAGGAAGUAGUACCCGGGCUGGGAUGCAUAAUCCUUUUGAGGAUGAGGGUUGCACCUGGCGGUUGAAUGACAUGCUGUGUAGUUACACUCCAGCAAGUGGAUUGGAAUCACAAGUUUAACCCAGCUUGUUUAGGAUUAGAAUUACUCCCUAUUCAUUAACCAAUUUAUCCUCUUCUGUAUAUACCAUGUUAAGAAUGACUGUUGGAGGAGCCUUGGGAGGUCAACCCAAGAUUCUGAAGGGUAUAUAUAGCUAUGGCGCUGCAGAACGUUACCUCUGUCAAAAGACCCGGCUAUCAGGGUCAGUCUUCAGUAGUUGGUUCCUUUUAGAAUCAAGAGGUAGAAGCCACAGGCAACAGAUGGUGGUGCCACCCAUAUGUCUCCAUGAAUGCAACUGAAGGAUUUAGAGAAUGGGAAAAAAUGCCUAGGGAGGGAGGAGCAAACAGUCUGUAAAGGUUUCUCUGUAGUUUCCAACUUCAGUUUUCAAAUUGUUUUCACAAGCAUACAUCUUGGAUAUAAAAUUGUGAUGGAAUGGUGUUAUGAAG